AUGCGCGUGGCAGCACCUCAGCUUUCAGCUUUCGGCUUUGGCAUCAAGCCCCCAGCCUGCAUCUCUCUUAUCUGCCAGGGCCCCAUAAUUCCCCUUGAUUUCCCUUCCUCUGGUGCACUGGAAGAAAACGUGUGCUACGGCGAUGCCAUCGCGGAAAGACUAGCAGCGAUACAGCAUGAGCAGAUUCCGGAAAACUUUGCGGAGAGACUGGGCAAGCUGGAAGAACAACAGACAUCGGCACAGGAAAAUAUUAAUCAAAUUUCACUUGAUUACGAGGUAAAACUAGCCAGAAUUGAAGACGGGAAAUCCCAGGUUGAAACAUUCAAAAACACCAUUUUGGAGAACUUUGGGGAACGACUGGCUAAGAUAGAGGCACAGCAAUCAUCAGUACAAGAAACAUUAAAGAAAAUUCCCGAGGACCUUGAAAAAUUGGAAAAGAAUCAGAAAGAUAUGCUGACGAAGAUGGAGACGCAGCAUUCCAAACUCAUGGAGACCGUUUCCGAAAUUUACAACAAAGUGUUUUUUCCAAAGUUUCAGCGAAUCGGUUCAAGACUCUUCCACAUCGAUGGGGACAGUAAACAAAAUUGGGUUGAAGCUGGAAAAAAAUGUCGCCAAUUGGGUGGCUAUAUAGCCGCCAUCAAGGACCAAGAGGAGCUGGACGCCCUUAAGGUGAAACUGGAGGGAAAUCGUUACUGGCUGGGAAUCAACAACAGAGAUAAUCAUGAAGUCUUCGUGUCCGAGGCAUCCGGCAGGAAGAAUCCUUUUUUGAAGUGGCGAUUAAAAGAGCCCAACAACGCGAAAAAAAAUGAGUACUGCGUAGAAUAUAAUAAUGGCGGAAUGAACGACGAUCCGUGCUCCAAAGAUCGCAGUUUAAUUUGUCAAAGUGAUAACGAAGUUUAA